CGGUCACACCUUCUCCGCUGACCUUUUACAUGUACACUAUCCUCUUCAUGUCACUCCACAAAGUAGGCUGAGGACAUUGGGCAGAGCCGGGAGUUUCAGGGAUCAUGCUUUCACCUAACGACUGCAGCCGCUCACCACAGACCAGGUUUGAUCUGGUGCAGGUGAACGGUGCAUGGACCAGACAGACAGAGCAGAGGCAGGGGGCAGAGGGAAAGUUAAGUCAUGCUAAAAUCCAUGAGAAGAAGUCCGAACACGGAGUUUCCUGGACAGUGAUCAGCCCGAUAGUGUUCACCUACAGAGUCAUUCAGUGCCAAAACCUCCUGGAUCCCAGAAAUGACACUUUGCUGUGGGGUCAUUUAGGAGACGAGGAGCUGAAAGGGGCCGCAGGAAACUCCAAACCUGUGAAACGAUUUAUCGUCAUCGAUGAAACGGUCCAUCGUCUGUACGGCUCUCAGGUGGUCAGCUACUUUGAGUCCAGGGACAUCGUGUGUAAGAUCCUCCCUCUGCCCACCACUGAGGAGAACAAGUGCAUGGAGUUAGUGACCAAGAUCCUGGAGGAGGUUCAUGAGUUUGGUCUCGACCGGCGCUCCGAGCCAAUCAUAGCCAUCGGCGGUGGGGUUUGUCUGGACGUGGUGGGCCUGGCGGCUUCUCUCUACCGCCGGAGGACUCCGUACAUCCGGGUGCCGACCACCGUGCUCGCUUACGUGGACGCCAGUGUGGGGGCAAAAACAGGGGUCAACUUCGCCAGCGGGAAAAACAAGCUGGGAAGUUACGUCCCGCCGGUGGCAACGUUCUUAGAUCGCUCGUUUUUCCCAACUCUUCCGAUGCGUCAGAUCAGCAAUGGGAUGGCAGAGAUGUUAAAGAUGGCCCUGAUGAAGCACCUGGGCCUGUUCCAGCUGCUGGAGGCCGAGGGCCGGAGGCUGCUGGACACCAAGCUGCAGUCGGACGGCACCAACAGCUCCGAACACGAAGACAGUGCCGCGGCAUCCACCCGAAUCGCCAUAGAAACCAUGCUGGAGGAACUGGCUCCCAACUUAUGGGAGGAUGAUUUGGACCGGUUGGUGGAUUUUGGUCACCUCGUCAGCCCCGAAUUAGAAAUGAGAGUUUUACCAGCGCUGCUUCAUGGGGAGGCGGUCAACAUCGACAUGUCCUUCAUGGUGUAUGUGGCCCACCAGAGGGGGCUGCUGACAGCAGAUGAGAAGCACCGCAUCAUCCGGUGCAUGCUGGGACUGGAGCUGCCCGUGUGGCACCAGGACUGCACUCUGGUCCUGAUACACAAAUCCCUGCAGGAGCGUUUGAGGCACUCUGCUGGUUCCCUGAGGAUUCCUCUUCCCACAGGACUAGGACAAGCAGAAAUCUUCCACGACAUGAUUGAGGAGAAUAUCCUCAGCCAAGCCUACGAGAAGUGGACCGAUGAGCUCGCUCCCUCUGGGAACAAACACAGCACAUGUUGAAAUACAUCCACUUGUUUAGCAUCUAUGAGCAAUGAAUGUUUAUUAAAUGGAUCAUUUCAAACUAUAAUGUAGCUGUAAAUGUAUCUGCCUCAUUGCUAAUGAUUCAUACGAGAACCCACACGUCCUCCUGUAAAACAUACUGGUAAUAAUAUGAAAUAUAUCUCCGUAAAAAAUGCAAUUGUUGAUCAAUCAAUACCUUAAAAUGUGCUUAUAUCUACUUAAUAGUAUGUUUUAAACCUUUAGUACAACAUAGACUGUGCAAAAAGAUGGACGACGCGUCUCCUCUUACUCCCGAAAUGACGCCAUCUUGUGCAUUUGGAGCCCGAGUCUGCACAGUAGCGAUCAGGGGAUGAAGCCGUGGUGGUGACGUCCCAUUGAUGCACGUGCUCGACCAAUCAGGAGUCAGUCUCAGCUGUCAGUCAUGAUGUUUCACCCCAUUUAAUAGCAUUAAAUGUCUAAUUAGAUCCAAGCUUACUGGAAAAAUUAACACUUGAUCAAACCUACAAUGACAGAAAUCAUCUUUACUCUAGUUUGGUCCAUGGCCCAUCCACUAACACGGAGGAGGCAGGGUUUACUUAUCUUUAAAAAAAAAAGUCAAUGGUUCUAAAUGCCUGGUGCGAAUAAUGAGAUCUCAAGUGCUGUGGAAGAAAAACACGAGCUCCACCAACCUUCAAAUAAAACUUUUAAUAUUUUUCACGACAUCGUUUCCACAUCGAGUACCAACGAGUUUGAGUUCACUAAUCUGAAACAGUAACAAUUGCUACAUUCAUCUCAUAUAAACUGUAACAAUAAGAACAGUAGCAUCAUCAGCAGAGAACGUGUUUGCAUGAACCACAGGGAUGAGAACAAGCACAGGUCCGACAUAAGAUAACAUGGUUCUUCAUUAGUGGUUUACCCAUAAUGUUUUUACCAUCAUAAUAAUUAACAGUUGGGAUAUUCAUGGAGAAAUCAGUCAUAUAGCGAUGGCUUUGAAUAAUCUGCCGUCACUAUGUGUGUCACGCUGAUGUUCAGUCACAUUUCAGGGUUUGGAUGAUUUAUCAGUUUCCAUUAGAUUAUAGAGCUGAUCUGGGUUCAGUCAAAGGGCAAAGUUACAGGUCUGGGUGUGUUGCAGUGUUAAGGCUCGGUACCUGGGACUGGUGUGAUCGUAAAGGGCCACUUAAAUAAAUCAACAUGUCUCCAGAGCUUUCAGGUUCAUCAGUGCUGCCUGUGUCAGAUGUGACACAUAACAUUGUUAUCACGUGACUGCAGAUCCACAUUAAGGUCAUUUGAUGAAGACGCCUGAAAGCUCAGGGAUAAGUAACUAAGUGGAUCUCCAGUUGAGAUUAUUGCUUCCACUCUCACACUGCUUGAUUGCCAUCAUGUUGUAUUGCUUUUUUUUUUUACUUACGAAGCAGAAACACAGAAACAAAGGUGCUUCAGCUCAGCGGUUUAUAUCUGUUCAUGUCUUUUAUAUAAACUUUGAUUUUUGGCAACACAUUUUUUGGCAGUUAUCACCUUGAACUACAUUCGUACUAGUCUCAAAAUGAAUAUUCAGUACAACUUUGAAAAAAAACAAAAACACUUUCUUCAGAGUAGAGCUUGACCUUCACAAGGAAAACACAAAAUGCACAAACAAAAAUAUAAAGAGCUCCAAAUGUUUCUGUAUUGAACUAAGAGGAGAUUGUGAAAUAAAUAAUCAUAAAGUAAAGGACUAAUUGAAAUUAUGUCCUUGUGGCAAUUGUUAAUGUUUUUACAAUAAAUCCUGUGAGUGAUGAGACUGAGCCAAAUGUCUAAUCCAUCCAACAGUUAUCAAAUCCAGGAAUUAGUAUAAUAGCACUCGAUCCAACAAUUGCUCAUUGAAUUCAGUCUGGACAUUUAAAAUGAUUUUGUUGCAGUUUAAAAAAAUAUUUUUAAAUAAAUGAUCUAACUUCAAGCAUUGCUCUGA